AUGAUAUUCCCGUCUCCUAUUCACGCGUUCACCUGGCUUUCCUCGACACUGGAUAGCUCGCAGGUCUUGACGCUCCUCACCAAGCCUUUCACCUGGGACGGCACCUUCUGCCCGAGCGACUUUGAGGUCGAUGGAAAGACUGGCUUCUUCCCUUCGGCGCCGCUGCCGAAGCUCCCAGACGAAUACGCCAUAUGGGAGGCAGCAUUCGCCGCCGCCCCAAGCGUACUGGCGCUAGGAGCAGACAAGAACGAAGAGGCCUUGUCCAGGCGAUCCGACGGAGCCUGGUGGAGGACGACAGUCCGCUCGUGGCCUGUCAAGGACGUUUCCAUUCUCCGCGGGGACGUCCGUCUUCUCCAGAGGGCACACAUGGUCCUGGCCAGUCUCAUGCAUUUCUACGUGCAUUCACUGCCACACACCGACACCGCGUUAGUUGUCCCCAAGUCCAUUGCGAUCCCCCUCGUCGAAGUGUCCCGAGAGUUGGGCAUCGCCCCCGUGCUCACCUUCGCAGACACCGUCCUUUGGAACUGGGAGCUCAUCGACCCGAGCUUGCCGGUCUGCGUGCACAACAUGCGAUACCUCAACAUCUUCUCUGGGACCGAAACCGAGCGCGCUUUCUACAUCGCUUCCGCUGCCGUCGAGCUCAAGGGCGUUGAGAUGCUGGAAAUCUUCAAUCGCUUUCAAUGUCUCCCCCGCUCGGGCUACGCGGACGCGCAUGCGAUCGCGCAGCUGGGCAAAGACCUCAGCCAGCUCGCCAGCAUCAUCGACGAGCUGACUGAGAUAUUCCGGUCCAUGCGCGAGACAGUCGACCCCACCGAGUUCUACUGGGUCGUACGUCCAUGGUGGGCUGGCGCGACGUCCAAGGGGCCCAAUCACCCGGGCUGGAUCCUCGAGGGCGUCCCGAACGGCGACUCCACACACUUCGAUCUCGGCGGCGCCUCUGCUGGACAGAGCAGCGUCAUGCACGCGCUUGACGUCUUCCUGGACAUCGACCACAGGCUCGCGACUAGCCGUAUGCCCGCGCCGACAGAGCCCAACCGCCGCGCGGACCUCGGUUUCAUGCAGCGGAUGUGGCGGUACAUGCCGGGCAAGCACCGCGAGUACCUCACACGCCUCCAGAGUGUCCGUCCUGUCGCGGAGCGCACGCCGAACCUGCGCGAGCCAUACAACGCCGCCGCGGACAGCACGCCGCCGGCGCGAUUCGCUCCCGACGGGGGCGACGGCGCGGAGGGGACACCGAAGGACGGACCUGCGAGGGGCACGGGCGGAAGCGCGGUGUCGAACCUUCUCAAGGCCGGUCGAGACGCGACCCGCCGAGCGCUAUUGGAGAAUUGA